CCCAUCCAUCCCCGCGACGUGACUUUUCCUUCUCAGCACACGCACCCUCGCCGUGCACCCCUCCCACUCGCACGCACGUCUGCGCCGACGCUCCUGCGAGCGCGCACUGCUGGACACAUACGCUUCCUUCGCGCACCCUAAGUCGACUUCGCCGCCUCGACCGCUUCGUGGACCGCCUUCUUUCUUCCUCGUACGUACGGCUGCGCGUACGCCGACAAUCUGCUUCCGAGAGACACGGCUGCCAUAGACUGCGCGCUACUGUAGCUCUGCCUGCUUCGCUCUCCUCGCCGGCUUCGCACGCAUCGCUGCACCUCUCGCACCGCUCGCACCACAGCCAUGGCCGAGCCGCCCAAGCGCUCUCGCCGCCCGGACAGCGCGUCCAUGUGGGAUGAUCGCCCGCCGAGAGACCGCGACAGCCGCGACAACCGGGACCGCCGCGACGGUGGAGGACACGGCGGCCGUGAUAGGAGAGAUGGACGGGAUGGACGGGAUGGACCGCGCAGCCGUGAUCGGCCCAGGAGAGACGACGAACGCGUCCGCUCCCGCUCGCCACGCGACUCGCGCCACGACCGAGACGCCCACCGCAACCGCAACGCCCCCGACCGACCGCGCGACCGCGACGCGGGCGCAAGACGGCGCUCUCCUCCCCCUCCGCGAGGCCCGCGCGGCGGAGCCUCCGCGCACGCAGCAGCACCCAGCAGGCCGGGGCCCAGCAGCCGCGCCGACAAUCCCCCGCCGUCGACGAGCAUGGAUGUGGAUGGCGAUGAUGACGACGAGGAGGCGCAGAUGCGCCGCGUCAUGGGCUUUGCGGGGUUCCGGAGCACGAAGAACACAAAGGUGCCGGGCAAUGAUCGGAAUUAUGCGGUGCGCAAGGAGAAGAAGACGGAGUACCGGCAGUACAUGAACAGGGUUGGCGGGUUCAAUCGCCCGUUGUCGCCUAGUAGGACUUGAGGUUGAGGGAGGAGUUAGUGGGGGGAUGGAUGGACGGGGAGGAUUCAAACUACAGCUUCUUCUACUAUUGCUUCCUUACUGCUCGCACGCAGCCUUGGCGCGGGAUCCCAUAAAACCAAUUCGCGCACUCAAUCUCAAACCCAG